AUGAAGAGAGGUUUCCUCAAUACUACGAAGGUAAAACAGGUUGUGUCUACUCAAGCACCCCCUGCGCAGCUGGGUGAUGAUAAUCAGGCUUCGCCUUCUCCAUCUUAUCCAGUGGCGAGCGAAGACAAGUCGAAAGCAGAUACACCUGGUGACGAAUGUAAGAAGGCUUUGAAGGAAAAACAGAAGUUUUCUGAUUACAAGAAGGACCAACGAAUCGUAUAUCAUCUUGGUUUGGAUACGGAGGCUCCUGGACCUGGCGUAUUGUCAACUAACCAACUCAUCGAGGACUCGCCUAGCGACAUGCUCAAUUAUGAGCCUCACGAACUGAUUUGUACCACUCAACCUGCCGUGCCCAUCGACGCCACACGUGAACAAUAUCCAGACGGCUGGACCGAAUGUCUCAUUACAGGCUUGAUGAAGCAAACAGUCUUGCAAACGCCCUCGUUUUGCCAACCUCUCUCACAGCCUGUCCAUAUCAGUUACCGUGUAGGAACAGUAUCCGCUCCCAAUGGUCCUACUUCGAAACCACUUCCUGGGUUAUAUGCGACCAAGAAAUUAGAGAUGGGUGAUCUCAUCUUGUCAGAACGUCCAGUGCUUAUCGUGCCUGCGAUGAUGAGGGUUGGGGAGAUUUUUAAUGAAUUGCUCUCUCAAUUGGAUAGCCAUGACCAGGCUACAGUCGUGAGCAAUCAGUGGCAGGAAACGUUGGAGACCGUUUUUGGGAGGUUGUCGAAAGAGGACCAGGAAGAGUUUUGGAAGUUGAGAGAUAUUCGUCAGAGGAAUGGAAAAAAGAGUAUUGAUGGCAUCGUCAAAGCGAAUGGGUUCGCGAUUUUGGGACUGGCUGACCCUGGACUGGAAGACAAUAACGGCGCAUAUAGUGGCGUUUGUCUUGUGUUGUCCCAGCUAAAUCACAGUUGUCGACCUAACGUGGAGCGGUACUGGGACAUGACCUCAUUCUCCAUGCAGCUACGCGCGAUGCGGAAAAUAUCCAAUGACGAAGAACUCACUGUCUCGUAUAUUAACCAGCUAGAACCCUUCGCUGUCCGUCAGAAGAACUUGAAACUAUUCGACAUUGUAUGCACCUGCCAAUCCUGCAAGAAGCCCAAGAUUGGAGACAGACGCCGUACGCAGUUUCUCAAAGGAAAUUUAACCACCGACGACUUCCUGCAUUGGAUUAAAGACGCUAGUCUGUCCGAUGACCAUGUUAUCAAACGUGCUCUCGUCCAAAUCUCGCUUCUGGAGGAUGAUGGUCUCGAAAACUCGCCGUACUACUCGGAUAAUCUAAUGAUGAUCAUGCUUUGCUACGUGGCGCUGGGGGACGAUGAGAAGGCAAUGAGGUGGGGAAAGAAGUUGGGUAAAUGGGAGUUGUGCAAGCAUGGGCCAAAGGAUGUGGAAGAUUAUGACAGGCCGCAGAGGUACACGAAGCACCAGUUGUGGAAGUUGAAGGUAAAUGCGCGGAAUAAUCACUGGGCUACUGCAAAUGCAAUGAAAGAGAAGAUGAAACAAGGAUGA